CAGACCGGCAGUUCUGAGGCAGCGAGCUAGGCCGCGAGCGGCGGCUGCCAUGGAUGACGAGGGCGGCGUCUCCCCGUCCCACCACGGCGGCGGCGGCGCCGGAGGAAGCAUCCGCCUGCAAUGCGAAUGCGGCUUCAAGGACGACUACAGCCUCGACGACACCGAGGACGGCCGCUUCUACUGCGGGCGGUGCUACGGCGACCUCGACACCCAGGCGACCGCCGUCGACCACGCCGACUUCCAAACCCCGGGCAACAUGUCCUUCCACCGAGUUUCCUAGCCCACCAAGAACCCCAAACCCCAGCA